AAGCAGGAUAUAUGCCUUGGGCUGUUAUAUGGACAGACUCCCGGUCGCAAUAAUUAUCGUUAUUAUCUUUUGCGUUUUGCGUUUUGGUCGAGGGACAUGCCGUUAUACACCCUCCUCGAUCGUCCGACCGACCAACUCAACUCCCCCACCUCCUGAAAAAAGCAAUGAGUGUUAUAACCUCACAAGAAUCCUAAAAAUGCCGGCGUCUCGAAUGCAACUGCGGCGGCAGAAUACAUUUAUUGCUUUGGGUCUCGUGGCUCUCUGCGUCUGGUUCUUCACCUCGCAUCGAUCGCGGAGCGGCGAACUGGUUCACAGCCAUGAGCAAUUCUGGCGAGAUUUCCACCCGCUUCUCGUGGAUCUUGCGCCAGAUUGUCAGUCCCCAACUCGCCUGGGAAAUGCUGAAUCUGCCGGUUUCGAUCCGAAAAGCACCGAACCGCUGCCUGACUUAUUGAGGAUGCCAGCCGAGGACAUUGCGAAGAUGAAACAAGCACACACGGCGUUCGCAAAUGCGAUCGAGCGAGCCCCUCCCAAACUCAAUUACCAGCCACAUACGCGCGGACUGGUAUCGACCGCCGGCGGCCCUUAUCUUCCAGUUCUGGUGAUUUCGCUGCGCAUGCUGCGACGGACGGGCUCGACUCUGCCGAUGGAGGUCUUCCUCGCCGACUGGCAGGAAUAUGAUGGGUAUCUUUGCCAGGUGGUCCUUCCCUCGCUGAACGCACAGUGUGUGGUUCUGUCGGAGAUCCUGGAAGCGGUGCCCGACAGCACGAACAAGAUCGAGAAAUACCAGUACAAGAUCUUCGCAAUGCUUUUCUCCUCGUUCGAGGAGAUCCUCUUCCUCGAUGCAGAUGCCUUUCCCCUGCAAAGGCCCGAGGAGCUGUUCACCGCCGACCCGUUCAAGUCCAAAGGCCUGGUCACCUGGCCCGAUUUCUGGCGUCCCACAACAUCGCCUUUGUACUAUAAGAUCUCAUCGCCGAAAGAGCGCGGAACACAACCAUCCAACCCGACCGCUCUGCGGCAGUCGACCGAGUCCGGGGAAGUACUGGUGUCCAAGCGCACCCACCUUCGCACCCUUCUUCUAGCUGCAUACUACAACUUCUAUGGCCCCAGCCAUUAUUACCCGCUUCUCUCGCAGGGCGCAGCCGGUGAAGGGGACAAAGAAACGUUCCUUGCCGCCGCCAGUGCCCUCGACGAACCUUUUUAUCAGGUCAGCGAACCCAUUCGGGCGGUUGGGCGCCGGACGCCCGACGGGUUUGCUGGAUCAACCAUGGUUCAGUACAGUCCGAUGGAGGACUAUGCCCUGACGAAGAAGGGUAUUUGGAGAGUCAAGGGCGCGACUGCGCCCACACCCAGUCCAUUUUUCGUCCAUGUCAACUAUCCCAAGUUCAACCCCGCCACGAUCUUCGCGGAGAACGGCGUGACCAACCCGGUGAUCGAUGAGAGAGGACAGUAUACGCUGGCAUGGACGGCGCCAGAAGAAGUGGUCGCCUCGUUCGGCGGCAACGCUCAGCAGCGGUUCUGGGAAGAUAUCCAUUGGACGGCCUGCGUGCUUGAGGGUAAGAUCCUCAGCUGGGAGGGCAAGACGGGGAUCUGCCAGCAGACUAGGGACUACUGGAAUACUGUUUUUAAGAAUUCUGCUGGUAAGAUGAUGAAUCAGUCGUAAGCGAGAAGAGAAGAUUCGAUUGAUAGCCCCUGUGCUGGUCGCAUGUGCUAUUGCCCUUAUGUGAGUAAGCGAUAUGUUAUUCUAGCGUUGUGUUAUUAUGAGGACGUUGGUUUGCGGGAAACAUCAUACAAUCCCCUGCCAACAAGGAAUCGGUAUGCAUGAAGACUCGUCACGGAAGAUAUCUCGGAGGAAUUGUCUAUCUGUCAUAUUUAGUGCAGACAACCAUUUCGCAGCCUCGUCUGUCAAGCAUACCACACGGUAAAAGAAGGCUGGAAUCAGAACAGGGCCCUUGGGUUGUCGACCAUGCCGAAAUCCUGCCUUGGAUGGUGAUUCCGCAGGACGUGAUCUGGCAUAAGCAGGAUACCUAAGCAGGUGUUACCAUACUAGGUAGGCGCUGUAAGACAACUGGAACUUGGAAUUCAACCGUGACCGUGAAUUGAAACGAC